AGUUGUUUGUUUAGAGAUUGAAAAUCUUUCUCAGCCUUGAGUGAAUCCACAUUUCUCCUGAGAACUGAUUAACCUCUCAGGCAGUUGCUCAUUACAUGAUACAGAAUCUGUUGUGAAUAUAAAGGCAGAGAGGACCUGGACACAAGGGAAUGGGACGAUUGGGUUCAGACUGAGCUUUCACAAUGACUUUGGAUAUGACGAAUAAAAAGAUUUCAACAAAAAACAAGCAAGUGGAGGAGAGAGGACACUGGGGCAGUAAGGUGGAGUUUCUCCUGGCUGUUGCGGGAAAUAUUGUCGGCCUGGGCAACGUGUUGAGGUUUCCCUACCUCUGCUACAAAAAUGGAGGAGGUGCCUUCCUGGUGCCAUAUCUGGUUUUUGUGGUGACCUGUGGAGUUCCCCUGUUUCUGCUGGAGACCACUAUAGGCCAGUACACCCAGGAGGGGGGCAUCACCUGCUGGAGGAAGUUGUGCCCACUGGCAGAAGGUAUGCUAUUUGGGACUUUUUUGUAGAUUAAAUAUUCACUGAAAAAAGUGGAAGAAGUAGCUGGUACUUUUGCUGUUUUAUUUUGGUAGUCACACAAAGGAGGGUUCAAACACAACUUAAAAGACCAAUUUUCCCUCAGAGCUCCGUAGACAAACAUUGACCACCUUUCAGUAUGUCCUCUGUGAAAAAUAUUAAUAUUUAAACGAGAGGUGGGAAAUCUUUUAGUUCUGUUGCUGAAUGUUUAUUUCAUUGAAAAUAGUUAGUGAUUUUUGUUGGUCCUAAGCUAGCUGUGUAAAAUCUUAGGAAUUGC